CAUAUCAGCCAGCUAAAAUCAGCAGGCUCAGAGCAGGAAGGAGCGUGGUAAUGGCGUUCGCACAGGCGGCCUUUCAGAGCGAUGCCCUCUUUCGUCUCCCUGCCUCUGGCAAAGAGCCGUCAUGGAGCUCCUUGGAUUUAAAGCCAAGGUUUCUCCUAGCAGGAAACAGCCGGGCUCCCUGCGAUGGUGGGAGUGGUCGCAGGUGUUUGAGCGGCCCCAUUGCUUUCUCAAAUGGAAUCCUUCCAUUCAGCCACAAUGCACAUUCUAGCAAAGGUUUGAAUUCUGCUUCGUCUUCCUUCUUGUCGAAUUGGUGUCCUUUGACCGGUGAAAGUAAACCAGGGAGCAGACGGCACGGCAACUCGAGAGUCCAUGCUCGGUUGGCCAACCAGUCUCUAGAAAAGAAGCAGAAGCUUGCAUUCGAGCCAAAGAAAGCGAGCAGUACCUUCGACGAAAUAGACUCGGUGGCCAAGGAACCUCACAAGUACUUUGAUCAAGCGGUCAUCACAGUAAAAGCUGGUGAUGGGGGCCACGGCACCCUCAUAAAAAAGACUAAGAAGAAGCCCGCAGCAAAAGGCCAAAAGGCCAGGCGCCCCAAGGCCAGGCGAGGCCCUGAUGGAGAGAUUCAGUUGCCGAUGGGGGGUGGUGGUGGCGACAUUGUGCUGUAUGCUGACCCGAACCUAGAGACGUUGUUGGAGUUCCACAGGAAGAAGAAGUUUCAGGGGGGGAGGGGGGGCAAUGUGGAUGCGAUGCUGGGGCUUGGUGCGGACCUGCUGAGUGGGACGGACGCGCCAGAGCUGAGGGUCCCAGUGCCUGUUGGCACUGUCGUCAAGCGCAAACGAGGAGGCGCGUUCCUCGCUGACCUCAGCAAGCCUGGCGCGGAGCUUCGGGUGGCGAGGGGAGGUCAGGGAGGGGUCAGCAUUUUAGAGGCAGCACAGCAAGGUCCUGGGGAAGGAGACGUGGUGGCUAGCACCGACAAAAAGGCGCUCCUGACAGGAGUGCCGGGGGAGGAAGUGAAGCUGGAGUUGACACUCAGGGUCGUCGCAGACUUGGGGCUUGUGGGCCUCCCCAAUGCCGGCAAGUCGUCUCUCCUGAAAGCAGUCAGCCAGGCCAAACCUGACAUCGCAGACUAUCCUUUCACGACGCUGAUGCCUAAUCUUGGGAGAAUGGCGGGGGAUCCCCUUGCACCAGAUGGGGGCGCGGACUUUGGUGCGACGAUGGCGGACCUUCCGGGACUGAUCGAAGGCGCGCACAUGGGGAGGGGUCUCGGCCGGAUGUUCCUUCGGCACUUGAGGCGAACGCGGCUGCUGGUCCACGUGGUCGAUGCGUCCAAUCCCGACCCGCUGCAAGACUUCCUCAUUCUGCGCGAGGAGCUCCGGAUGUACAAUCCCGACUACCUCAAGCGUCCGUACAUCAUCGUUCUGAACAAGAUUGACCGUCCGGAGGCCGCCCCGCAAUGGGAGGCUGUCCGAGACCGACUGCUCGCGGGGGAGUACUUGCCGUCGGAAAAGGCGCCGGAAUUUGCCGAAACUUCGACGGAGAGCCGCGGGCCAGGAAGCGCCGGCGUUGUCGGAAGCUCUGCUGACGUUAGCAGCGGGGAGUUGAGCGCGGAUGGCGACAGCGGGGUGUCGGAACGGGCGGAACGAGCGGAACGGGUGGAAAGAGCGGACGAUGACGUGACGGCGAGUGCGCGGACGAGUGAGGAAAUUACGACGGCUGAGGCUGCCACUUCGGGGGGUGCGAAUGACGGGGAUUCUCCGGGGGGUUCGAUUGAAGCGGAAACACUGUCGGAUUGGGACUCCGCGGUACAGAAGGCGAAAGAAGAGGCGGGGUGGGGAAAGUCGAAGAAGGGAGGAAGCGGGGGGCGGAAGCAGGGGACAGCGGAAGAGGAAGAGGAGCGGAACGGGGCGCCGAAGGCCGUGCUGGGUAUCAGCGCAAAGGAGGGAACGGGCAUCAGUGCGUUUCUGAAAGCAGUGCGCGAAGCCUUGAAAGAAGACGAGAACAGUCCAGUGCUGCAGAGCGAACGAAGGAGAGAGCGAAGUCGCUAUGUCAAGAGCCCCUCGUGGACCCUGUGAUAAUGGUUGGGUUGACCGUCAACAGGAUCUUGUGAUCAGAGGCUUCCAUUGUCUCUUGCUAGCCAGGCCUACGUUGGCACUGGUCAUUCCAUUGUUCGUGAUGGAUACGCGUUCUUGGGGGACAGAAACGGCAAAAGGUCAACAGGAGUUACAACUCGGUGUUUGAGCACGUGAAGCCGGGUGAUCAGUGCGACCGUGAGUGUCCAUAUUU